AUGAAUAAAAUUUUUUUUAAUUUAUUUUUUUUUUUUAUUUUUUUAACAGUACAAGCAAAAGAUUUACCGAGUUAUAUAAAGGCAUGCCAGAGAAAUUCACCCACCGUUAACGAUUGUUUAAAAAAAGCAACGGCCGUUUUACAACCCUACAUGUCGAAAGGAAUCAAAGAACUUAACAUUCCAUCGUUCGAACCGUUGACUAUACCCAUGAUUAAAAUCGAACAGGGUACCGGUUCCGUGAGUUUUAAAGCGACAUUAAACAACCUUAAAAUAUUCGGUUUAAGCGAUUACGUAUUUUCCGAUUUCAGGGGAACGUUUACGAACAACGGCGUUAAUUUCGAUGGAAAAGUCAAUUUCGAAAAGCUCAAAUUAAUAUCCGAUUACGUUAUAGAGGGUAACGUUUUGUUACUUCCGAUAAGAGGAAAUGGAGAAUUUACAGCCAAUAUAACUGAUACGACGGCAAAUUUUGCCAACAUGGCGAUAAUAACGAAAAAGAAAGAUAUGGAACAUCUUCAAGUGAAAGAUUCGACGCUCAAACUCGAUAUAAAAGAUGCAAAAGUACAUUUCGCGAAUUUAUUCAACGGAAACGCGGUUUUAAGUCAAACGACAAACGAUUUUCUUAACGAUAACUCGAAAGAUAUCGUAAACGAGAUAAAACCCGCCAUUGAAUCCGUCAUCGGAAUGCUCAUCGAUGAUUUGAUAAAUAAAUUAUUUAAAACAAUACCCUAUGAUAAAUUAUUUCCUAAAUAA